GUGUGUGUGUGUGUGUGUGUGAGUCAGCUAGUAUUUAAACACCACACCCUGUCCUGUCCUGGGUCAUAGCUGCUGCUCGCUGCCUCACUGCUGCUGCUGCUGCUGCUGCUGAAGGUCGACUCAACAUGGCACUGGUGUCUGAGUUUCUGGGCCAACUGACACUGUCGUACGGAGGGGAAGCCGAACCCAAAUUCCCCACCGUGGUGCCGGUACGAGACUUCGACCCGGCCAAAGACGCCGCCAGGAUUGAGACGGCCAUCAAAACUAAAGGUGUGGACGAACAGACCAUCAUCGACAUCCUGACCAGACGUAGCUACGAGCAGCGCAGAGAAAUCGCCUUCGAAUAUGAACGCCUCGCCAAGAAGGAUCUGAUCACGGCCCUGAAGGGGGCGCUGUCCGGCUCUCUGGAGGCUCUGAUGUUGGGUCUGAUGAAGAGCACCUCUCAGUACGACGCCUCUGAGCUCAGAGCCUCCAUGAAGGGACUGGGAACAGACGAGGAGACUCUCAUAGAGAUCGUCUGCUCCAGAAACAACGAGGAACUGGUGGAGAUCAAGAGGGUUUACAAAGAGAUGUUUAAGAAGGAGCUGGACAAAGACGUAGCAGGAGACACAUCAGGAGACUUCGCCAAACUCCUGCUGGCUCUGGUUCAGACGAAGAGAGACGAGCCGUCUAAUGUGGUCGACUACGAGAAGAUUGACGAGGACGCCAGAUGUCUGUAUGAAGCUGGCGUGAAGAGGAAGGGGACUGAUGUGGCGACCUGGAUCUCCAUCAUGGCUCAGAGGAGCGUCCCCCACCUGCAGAAAGUGUUUGACAGGUAUAAGAGCUACAGCCCGUACGACAUGAAGGAGAGCAUCAGGAAGGAGGUGAAGGGAGAUCUGGAGAAAUCCUUCCUCACUCUGGUGGAGUGCUUUGAAAACAGGCAGCUGUACUUCGCCAACAGACUCAGUGAAGCCAUGAAGAGUAAAGGAGCGAAGGAGAAGGUGGUGACGAGGAUCAUGGUCUCUCGCUGUGAAGUCGACCUGAUGAAGAUCAGAACAGAGUUCAAGAGGCAGCACAAAAGAUCACUGUACCAGACCAUCGCUGAGCACACUAAAGGAGACUACCAGAAGGCUCUGCUCAGUCUGUGCGGCGGAGACGACUGAGCCCUCGACUCCGUCUGGACUCAGUUUCCCAGAAGGCCGCUGGGUUUGAAAUGUCAGUUGACUGCAGAUCUUCUUACAGUAUUAGAGCCUUUUUGUUUUUAUGUCCAUGUUAAACAGAUCACCUCCAUCUUUCUGAGCAGCUUCAGUGUCUGAAAUAAAACCUUCUCAGCUGUG